GUCACAUGCUAUAGUGAGGACUCAAAUGAGUCUUAUGGCAUAUCCCAUCAGCCGCUGACUGCGGUAUCAAGUUUUUGGGACGAACAAAAAUAUGCGGCAGCCAAAAACAAACUCUUAAACUCGUUAGAACAAAAUGACGAUUUCUUUGCGGACGGGCUAAAUGCAAAGGUCCAUUAUGACCAUGAUAACGAAGAGGACGAUUAUAACAAUGAUAACGAUGAUAAAUCUACGGAAGGGCUUAGUCAUUUCAUGCCCAAGUACGCGUCCGAGGAGAUGCUUCUUCGAUCAAGCCAAGGAAAGGGAUUCAAGAAUGAUUCCAAUUCAUGCAGCAGUAGUAAUAAUUAUGAGGGAAUUACUGACGAAUUCAGCAGUUAUGAUAGUUUCAAAUGUUCUUCUUAUAAAUUAGAGACUGGAAGCCAUCGCAGGACAAAAGCACUUAAUGCAAUAAAACCUAAUAAAUUUAAUUUCCAAAAAUCAAGUGGCAGGGAAAAGUACGAUAUUCCCAUUGGAAUAUCCGGGA